UUAUUAUUUAUUAUUAUUAUUAUUAUUAUUUUAAACGUUUUAUCCUGGUUGUGUUGCCAUAGCUAACCCUCUAUGUCUUAAGAGCUGCGAUCUGCGCCAUAACAGCCCGUCAACACUAAGCGAGCUGGGUCGCAAUGAAAGAAAACUAAAAUGCUAUAAUGUUAUAAUGAACGACGCUGUGCCAUAUGGACCAGCAGUUUUGACAUGAUUCAUUGAUUCAUGUUCAUCAGAACACGCUGAAAAUAUCUCUGUCAGUGAUUUUACCAUGGUAAAAUGCUAUCCGAGCCCCUCUUUACCAUGGUAAAAUCAUGCAACUCAACGUCCUUGAGUGCUUUGCUUCAGUAAUUUACAGGCAACAACAGCAAUACGAUAAAAGAUACAUCCCCUCUCCCUAAAAAUGAUGACAAUUAUAAUCCCAAUUAAUAAUUGUAAAGCAUUAUAUUAUAAUUAUAAACAAUCCAUUCAUUAUCCAUUAAUUGGACACCACAAGUCAUUAUUUUAAUAACUUUAAUUUUACAAAAAAUAUUGAUAGUAACAGAAAGUUUUACUGUUCAGAUAUUGUCUUAUUUGACUUGUUUACAUGAACACAUUGCACAUUUAUUAAUUUAGCAGUGCUGAGUUAUCUUAAACAGUUAUUUUGCAUUCAGUACAAUUUAAUGGAAAGUUAAAUAUCAAAACAUAAACACAGUUUUCUAGUUUUGGCAUAUUUGCAUGUGUUUGUGGGUGGAGCUUUGGAAAAAGGGGGCAUGGGUAAUUACAACACUUUUGUGCAUGUUUUCAAGCAUGUCAGCAGCCAGAAGACAUGGAGGUGAUCCGUUCUGAAGCCGAAGCCGCUCAUGACGACACUGUGCAGGACGCAGAGGAGGCUAAGAUCUGCACUGCCAUGCUAUGGAGCAUCCAGGAGGCCGUUCAGAGACAGACGCUGCAGAUCGGGGUGUCAGCGUGCGGAGCCACAGCGGUAGUGGAUGUCCUGCAGGCACUGGGCAUCACGGUGACUCCAGAGAUGGUGAACCACAGCGUGAGGACGAGACUGAGGAGGAACGAGGCACCGCUGCCUGAUUACCUGCAUUCUCGCAGCAUGGCUGGAGCCACACACCUGCAGCUGAUCUCCGGGGCUGAUCAGGCCAGUGGUGGCCGCGUCAUGGGACGCUUCUUUGGCCUGUAUCCGCGGCGGAGGGUGAAACUGGUGCCAUGGUUGGGACGCUGGAUUCUGCGUGGAGUUGUUCCUGUAGCCACCAUGAACAUGCAGCGGGCCGUUCCUGAAGGAGAAGAGAUUCCAGACGCCUGGCAUCACCAGCUCAUCUUCGGAGUCGGACCCAGUGCUGUAUUCAUGACCAACCCGUUGGACGUGGGUGCGACCCAAAUCACACAUCACCAGGUAAGUGAAGAGGAGGUUCAUGAGCGUCUGUGCAGCGAGUCUGUGCUUCUCAUUCGCCGUGAGGAUGUUCUGAAGAGACUGACGCCAGGCAUUCAUCUAUCACAGAUCUCAGAUCAGCAUCCUGAUCUGCGCUGGAAAACAUUAAAUGUGGAGGGUCAAGUUAGACAGAUGGUCAGCGAGGAAGAGCAGAAUGAUGAAGACCAGGCUAAGAUGACACAUCUUGUGAUUCCAGCAGCGUACAGCUCUGGAGUGACUUUCUUCGCUCUUAGAGACUCUGAUGUUGGGCAAGAGCUUCUCAGCAGCCCAGAUCUGCCUCUGCUGUAAUUUUAGUCUCAUACCUGCUUAUGAAUUAACAGUUAAUUAAGUUAUUCCUGACACGGGAUCAGUAUUUAUCUCUGUUUUUAUUCUUGGGAUUUUAAAUAGAUGUUGUCAUCCUGCUCUGAUUUGUGUUGACAAUACUGAUUCAUUGAUUUUUGUGUUUUUUUGAGACUGUAAUGGUUGACAGCAUCAUGUUUAUCAAAUAAAAGGCAAUAAAUGUA